AUGACAUGGACAAUGACACUAAACAAUGACACGGACAAUGACACGGACAAUGACACCAACAAUGACAGGAACAAUGGCAAGGACAAUGACACGGACAAUGAUACGAACAAUGACAAGGACAAUGACUCGGACAAUGACACGGGCAAUAACAUGUACAAUGACACGAAUAAUAACACGAACAAUGGCAAGGACAAUGACAUGGACAAUGGCACGCACAAUGACAUGGCCAGUGACACGAACAACGACAUGGACAAUGAAACGGACAAUGACACGGACAAUGACACGGACAAUGACAUGGAUAAUGACACGAACAAGGACACGAACAAUGACACGGACAAUGACAAAAGCAAUGACAGGAACAAUGACAUGGACAAUGACAUGGACAAUGACACGAACAAUGACAGGAACAAUGACAUGGACAAUGACAGGAACAAUGACAUGGACAAUGACACGAACAAUGACAGGAACAAUGACAUGGACAAUGACAGGAACAAUGACAUGGACAAUGACACGAACAAUGGCAUGGACAUAGAGGCAGCAUCGACUGCAUGGGAAACAAACCUGUGUUAUACAUCUUUUUGUCAAUAUUUAUUUAAAAACAUGGCAUUAUAA